AUUUCAAAGUGAUAAAGACUUUCAAUUCAAAAUCAAAUUGUAAGUAAUCUCUCUCUCUCCCCCUAAUAAAAAUACCCAAAAGUUUUCCCCGCCAACACCAAAGCAUGGCACUUUCUACCCCACCAGCUCCGCCGGAUCCUCCGCCCACCGCCGCCGCCAACACCACCAUCACCACAACCGAUGCAGCUAUAACAACCGGUAUACCCACAAGACCAAUUUUCUCUAACCCUGUAAGACCACCCACCCCACAACCACAUCCCCCUUUUUCCCUCCAAUCUUCUCACUUCCCAUCUACCCAGCGCCUACCGCCCUCAUCCAAUCCCAGUUACUCUCAAUUAGUCCUAAAACCUCCUAAUCCCGACUCACAACCUCAUCUUCACAGCAUUCUCUACCCAGUUGCUUCCUCCGGCCGCGGGUUUUUGUCCAAACCUAGUAAUUACCCGAAUCGCCCAGUUGUUAGCCACCUCGGGUCUAGACCAACUUUUGGGCUGAAUCAGAUGGAUCCGGGUUUGGGUCAGUCUACGGGUGUUAGACCGAGUCAUUUGCAACACGCUCUUCUUGGAUCGUCUCCUACUGUCAAUUCUGCUGGUCCUGCGGCUUCGGCUGGUGUCUUGCCUGGUGCGGUUAAGGGAUUUCCAGUUGUCAGUUCUUCGCAUCACAAGAUUGCUUCUACUCAGCCUUCCCUUUCAGAUUGUAAUGGUUUCAGAGAGAAGAGGGACAGAAGCAAGGAUGACACAUUUGCUAUAAUCAGAGACAGAAAGGUCCGAAUUUCUGAUAAUGCUUCUCUCUACACCCUCUGUCGUUCAUGGUUGAGGAAUGGGCUUCCAGAUGACACUCAGUCCCAAUACAUGGAUGGGGUAAGAUCUCUUCCUAGACCCUUGGCACUAGCUCCACAAGAUGCUGAAUCUCCUGUAAAAAAGGAGGGAGAUAAAGAAGAAGAGGAAGAGGACUGCAGUUUUUCAUCUAUGCUUAUACUGAAAAGGGUGAAUUUUCCCAUCCCUAUCAACUUUAAGGCUGGGGAAUCUGUUGAGCAUUUAUCUCCGAAAGAACUUUUGCAAAGACAUGUCAAGCGUGCUAAAAGGAUUAGAUCACGAUUAAGGGAAGAAAGGCUUAGACGCAUUGCAAGAUACAAAACCAGGCUUGCGCUUCUCCUCCCUCCAAUGGUAGAGCAGCAAUUCAGAAACGAUCCAGCUUCUGGAAACUAAACUAUUCAAGAUUCACCUACUGGUCCUUAGGCUCUCUCAUCUGCACCCUGCUGGUACGCUCAUAUUUCAUCUUCAUAUAUAUCCUCAAGGACUUUGAGGAGUGCUCAGGUUCGAUGUUGGGGCCAAAAUUGUGUAAUAUGGUGCAAUUAGCGCCUGUAGAACGGGCGGGAUUUGUAGUGUAAUUUAGUGUUGCUUGUUAGCUAGUAUUUAUUUUAUCUGCUAUAUCAUUCAACAGUAUCACCUGUGUCGCUAUUAGAAUAGGAGGUAAUGAUAUAGCUAGGCUAGGAAAUAAACCAUCAAUGUUUCUGAAUUAUAAAUUUAGUAGUUCUGGUAAUGUUGGCUGUGUAUUUUAACUGAGAAUUUUGGGUAUCAAUUCUUUGGUUUAGCUUG